UGCACGCACAACGUGUUAUCGCGAAAAAUCGUUUUCGAAAGGCUGAAUCGCAAAAUCUUCGAUAGAGUGGAGUGCUUGUGCUUGGUGGAGUGCACUCUGUACAUAGGCCCCACGGGAGAAGGACAACUCAUUUCCACGGGAUAGGGUUUGAAUUUGGCGAGGACACGGGCGGAUAGUAGGAUAAUACCCUAUCUAGAUACUCAUCGCCGAUAUCGAAGAAGCAGUGUACGUGGAUGGCUUUCCAAUUUUCCUCCGUGGAUAUUCUCGUUAUUUUGUGCGUUCCUAGUUUCGCUGUGAAUUGAAAAUAACUUUCUAGUGGGCAUGCAAAAGCCGCAAGAUAACAGAAUUAGCAGUAAUACUCGUAAUACAUAGAAAUAUAUACUGAACUUGUAAAUAAACUAGACUUGUAAGAUCGAUCCUCCGUGGAGAUCAGCCGAAGGAAGGAGUUCCGAGUUUUACGCGUCAACGUUGGAGUUAUUUUCCGGGGUCGGUGGAGCUCAUUCAGAACUGAGUUGAGACGUCUUCAUAAGAAACCGGUCAAAAAUAGUUUGACAGGAAUAUCGGACCAUUCGUGUCUUUUCUGAUUUCUUCUAUUUAAAGAUCGUUUCGGGCACUUUUCACAUAAUUUCGGAAUUUUGUCAAGUAGUUUUCCGCUAGUGCUUAACGUUAUUCCUUCUUGGCGUUUGGGGAUUCAACUUUUCCGGUAAAUUCGCGAGUAGGCAACGAAUAAUGCGUCCGUGUUCUUUGUGAAGCACAAUACUGGGUCCCCACGACGAAUGCAGUUUUUCCUGUCUCAUGCAGAAUCCAGUGUAAUGUUCGAGAUUUCUUCCUUUACCUAAGAUAAAUCAUUUAUAGAAGUUGUAUCUACACAUCCGUUUCGUGUUUUGACAGUGAAAAUUAAUCGUCGCAGAAGUGAAUGUGGAAUGAAAAGCAAAAAAUAAAUGAAGAAAGAAAGCACAUGUGAAAAAGAAAAGAAUUAGCGAAAUUAAUUCAAUUAGAACUGUUGUGGGAAAGGUCUUGUAUGGAAAUUAUAUAAGCAGAUAGAGUAAUAUCAAGAAGGGAGAAUGUAGUAGACAAGAAGAGGAAACAAGAGAAAGAAUUCGUGCAGGAAGAACAGUGCAAUGUAAAUAGAGACCACAUGCAUCGACGUGAGAUAUGAAGUGAAAAUGUUAAUCAAAUAAAGAAAAUAUAACCCGUUUUAGUUGUGAAUAAAAAAUAUUAGUUAUUAGUGUAGGCUAAAUUGAUAGUGUGUAAACUGGAGUCUUCAGGCUGCUCUGUUAGAUAGACUAGUGCCACUUAGGAAAUGUCCUAGAAGGUCGAGAAGUAGUGCUAAGUUGUACAUAAGGAAAUUGUCGUUUAAAAGUUUGAGUGAGUACCCAGUGUGCAGUGAAAAACGUGACGCAGUCUAAAAAGUGUUUUUGUUUUGGAUAUACAAACACGAAAAUAAUAGACUUUGUGAUGGAGCGCAGAGCGUAGCACUGCAUAACAUCUCCACAUGACUGCAGGAAAAAGGACUGUAUGCGACGUCAAUAAAUCUCACGAAAGGAACCAUGCAGUCCUCUGUUCGGAAGGGGUGAAAAGAAUUCCGUUCCGGCAAUAUACAAAACAAACACCAAACGAAGGUUUUCACAAGUGCUUUAGUGAUUUAUGCAAUAUCUACGUAAAAAUCGAAUUGUUAUUUAUAAAAAGUAUAUAUUAAAGUGUUUUUCUCUGCAACGCCCGUGUGUAAAUAUUCGAUGUAGUGUUUUAUAUCUAUAUAUAUGUUAUCGUGCGUUUUAUUGUUAUUGUUUGAAUAUAUAUAAUCUCGCAAUAAUUUCAAGUUAGAUUCGAAGAUGCAUAUCCGUUUCAAAAUCAAAUUAUAUUAGUAGUGUCUUAUCAAUAUAAAUGUGCCGCCAAAAUCCAGUAACGUGUGAUAAUUCGCUCAAUCAGUCUUGUCGCAAUGCAACCUACUACGCCUAUGAAAAUGAAGCGCUUUAAUUGUGGAUGAAAAUCGUUCGCACGAAAUUUAAAUAUCAUAUUUAAAUUUAAUAAGAAAUAAUUCCUUUAAAAUAGAUCUAAUAGAAAAUAAUCUGGAAAAAUCAGAGGCUUCAGGAAAAAAAGCUUUACUAGUUGUUUAAUUGAUAAAUAAUUAAUAACCAAUUAUGAUCGUAUUUAUUACUUAACGUAGCGUUUAGUGUAUAUCAAUCAACCCUAGAAAAGUAUCUUUCUAUCUUUUCUUUAAAUUCUAUCUUGCACUCCCUGUUGCUAUCCUUAAAAAUAUCUCUCUUUCCCUUUUCGUACGAAAUCGGGGUCGAAGCAUAUUGCAUAUUGUUUGCGAAUUGUGGUAAACAUACUCCUCCAAGAUGCCGGUCCGACGCGGUCAUGUCGCCCCAAAGACGACACUCAUCGAAACCAUCAUCAAAAAAUUCGACACGCAUAAUCGCAGUUUUCUGGUGGCGAAUGCACAAUCGGAAACCUUCCACAUAAUAUGGUGUUCGGAUGGAUUUUGUAAAAUGACUGGAUAUACAAGGGCAGAUGUAAUGCAACGUUCUAGUUGCACAGAAUUUCUCCAUGGACCAAUGACAUCACAAACGGCUGUGAAUCAAAUUAGGGAGGCAUUAACGAAGGGAGUAGAAAAACACUUUGAAAUUCUCUACUAUCGAAAAGACGGAGAGAAAUUUUUAUGUUCAGAAGUGAUAGCACCAAUCCGUUCAGAGGCUGACGAUAUAUCCUUGUAUAUAAUAAACUUCGAAGACUUAACAAAUCCUCCAGAAGAACCACCACCAGUCGAGGAAAGAAUUAGUAAAUUUGAUAGAGCUCGUGCUAGUUUUAGGCAGUCAUUUAAGUUCGGUAGCUUAAGAGAAAGAGGCCUUAGAUUAGCUGGAUAUCUAACACCUCCUUCAGAUGCAACGCAAGAAGAGGAGGAAGCACAUGAAAACCAAGCAACACUUCCGAAAAUCGAGUCCGGAAAAGUUUGGUCACCAAUGGCAACACCAACACUACGAAGCAAAGAGACUGAAAAAAUUCGAGAUUCCUUACGUUUAGAGGAUUUAAAAGUAGUUGUUCCAGACAAACCCGUUCCAGAGGAGAAGAAACCUGAAUUUGUACAUACCAAAAGCUUAGAUUUCGAUAAUCAAACAAAAGAUGAGGAGCAAAACCUUUUACGUAUCACCGAAAAUUCGGUCCCGCUACCAAAUAGUACGCGCGGCCUACAGCAAAUGCGAGCACAUACGGUCGACGAUUUCAUGAAAGGAUACAUCACGGAAAACGUCGAUGAGAGGCGCGAUAAUAAUCGUUCCACUGGUCAAACGUCCAGACAGUUUUUUCCAUACGUAUCCUCCGAGAGUGAUCUACAACGUUACAAAGCUAUCUCAUUCCGUCAUAACUCAUGUACUAACGAGCAACAUCAACGAACAGCCAGUUCAUCACUGUCAAAUGUGCCUUCAGAUUUAAAAUCAGAUCGAAUUAAGGAUAACGGAUCGGCGAAAUUUUUUCAAGGAACGAGGCAUACACCAAAUAUGGGAGAGAAAGUAGCACAAGCAACAGAAAAAUGGUCGAGUGUGCGGUUGAGUACUGAUUCGAAAACAAAAGUUAAAAUCGAAAACCAUAUUUCCGUUAAUUCGAAUCUCAACUUGAACGGUUUUGGAAAUGAGCCAAAAACGAAAACCGCCGCAAAUCUUGGGAAAGAGGUAUUAUCGUUGGGUGCUGAUGUCCUGCCUGAAUAUAAAAUGCAAAGUCCUAGCGUUCAUAAAUGGACAAUACUCCAUUAUUCACCAUUCAAAGCGGUGUGGGAUUGGAUAAUAUUAAUUUUAGUUAUGUAUACAGCAAUUUUUACACCAUAUGUAGCGGCUUUUUUACUCGGCGAGCCUGAUUAUAAUCAGCGGCGUAACAAUAAGUAUUUAAAUAGCGAUCCAAUUGUGAUAAUUGAUUUAAUUGUGGAUGUAACAUUUGUGAUAGAUAUAUUAAUAAAUUUUCGCACAACAUUCGUUAAUGGCCAGGACGAGGUCGUAUCACAUCCUGGACGGAUAGCAGUCCACUAUUUAAGUGGAUGGUUUCUAAUCGAUUUGGUAGCCGCGAUACCUUUUGACUUAUUGUUAGUCGGUAGCGAUACCGAUGAGACGACCACACUUAUUGGACUCCUGAAAACCGCUCGUUUACUCCGCCUGGUCCGCGUAGCAAGGAAAAUCGAUCGUUAUUCGGAAUAUGGAGCAGCCGUGCUUGUUCUCCUUAUGGCAACGUUUGCCCUCAUUGCACACUGGCUCGCAUGCAUAUGGUAUGCAAUAGGAAACGCUGAACGGCCAAUUUUACGAAAUAAAAUCGGUUGGUUGGACAUUCUGGCAAAUGACACGCAAGAGUUCUACUUGCCCAACAACACAGGAGGUCCUUCAAUCAAGUCACGUUACAUCACAGCAUUAUACUUUACAUUCACCUCGUUAACUUCGGUGGGGUUUGGUAACGUUGCGCCUAAUACCGAUGCGGAGAAGAUUUUCACAAUUUGUGUAAUGCUCGUUGGAUCUCUAAUGUAUGCCAGUAUAUUCGGUAAUGUUUCGGCCAUAAUUCAACGAUUAUACUCAGGUACGGCGCGAUAUCACACACAAAUGCUUCGCGUUCGAGAAUUCAUUCGAUUUCAUCAGAUUCCAAAUCCACUUCGCCAACGAUUAGAAGAAUACUUUCAACAUGCCUGGACUUACACAAACGGAAUUGAUAUGAAUUCUGUUCUCAAAGGGUUUCCCGAAUGCCUUCAAGCUGAUAUCUGCUUACAUUUAAAUCGAAAUUUAUUAACUAAUUGUUCUGCUUUCGAAGGAGCAAGUCCGGGCUGUUUGAGAGCAUUAUCGUUAAAAUUUAAGACAACACAUGCACCACCUGGUGAUACUCUAGUCCACAAAGGGGAUGUUCUCACAUCAUUAUAUUUCAUUGCACGCGGAUCAAUAGAAAUCCUUAAAGACGAUGUUGUGAUGGUAAUUCUAGGGAAAGACGACAUAUUCGGUGAAAAUCCUUGUAUAUACUCAACUAUCGGCAAGUCGAAUAGCAAUGUUAGAGCGCUUACGUAUUGUGAUCUGCAUAAAAUCCAUCGAGAGGAUCUGCUCGACGUCCUAGAUCUCUAUCCGGAGUUCUACGACAGCUUUGUAAAUAAUUUAGUUAUAACGUACAACAUGCGAGAUGAAGAACAGGCUGGAGUAGAAAUAAGACAGAGGUUCAUGCGAGCCUCAUCACACGAAAGAGAGAGAAGUAAUAGUGAUACUAGAUCAGUUAGGCUAGACAGUAGGGAAUCAAGCCCUUCUUUAAUUCUAAAUACAAUUUUUAGAAGUGGUAUCCACACAAGACCGCGAAGUAUAUGUGAUAAUCCCAACGAUAGGCUAACACCCGAUCAUAUGUGCGACCUGGAUAAGGACGGCGGCAUGAGUGACCAGCAACGCGGGAACCGAGCAGGGUCAUUGACUGACUCCCAUAGUCACCUGCACAAACACCGAACAAGUAUUGUAGCUAGUUCUGGAGGAGGAAUUGGAUUCACUGGAGGUGGGGCAGGCGCCGGUGAGACAAGCGCUGCCGGGCUUGAAACUGGGCAGCUACUUGCUGAUGAAUACCAAGAGCCCAAGGAAACCGAUGCUGUCACACUCAGUGCCACAACGACAAAUAGUUGCUUUUGCGGUCCAAAAGAAAUGGGUGGUUCACGAAAGCCAUACAUAACUGAUCUAGGUGCCGAAAAAUGCGUCCAUUCGAGCCAUUGUGUGAAAACUUCAGAACUGAGCUCAAUUAAAGAACAAUUAGGUAAAUUAGCGCAACGUAUAGAUACAUUAGAGACCAAUUUACAUAAAGACAUUCGUACUAUACUGGAUAUAUUGCAUCAACAACAACAGAUGCAAUUGCAAUUGCAUCAGCAACAAAUGCAGCAUCAGUUGCUACAUCAGCAGCAGCUGCAGCAACAUCAACAGCAAUAUGCAACUGGAAAGCAGAUUGCUACGCCCUAUCAACCGUCCGAAAGUGAUUUCUCAUUUGAUCUAUGCGGAGUCGCUGAUAAAUCACUAACUCAUCUCCAACAGCAGCAGCAACCACAACGAAUAAAUGUACAGAGAUCUGUUUCACAACCAGAAUGUGCUGCUAGCAAUGAAAAAAGCUUAUUCAGGUGCUCAAAAUUCUCCUCCUUCAAUCAAACAAUGGAGGACACAGAUAACUGGACAGUAUUCGCGCCGAUCGCCAAGCUGGAAUCAUUAGACGAAAUAGAUCAAGAUAGUAGACAUUCCAAUACUCAAGAUACACAAUAAUUUUAAGAUUACGCUGUAUUUAAAAGAAACUAUAGAACAAAAACAACAAGCAAAACAAGAAAAAUCAAAAUUUACUAAAAAUCAUCAUAACAGGAAACUAAAGAAUUACCUAUGAAUGAAUGAGGUCAAAUAAAAGUACCCACAACAGAACAUCAAUAUUAUUUUAGGGAGAAGAUGUAAAAUAUUAUUACAAAGAGAACGGAAAGGUGAAACACGAAAUAUGUAAGCUGAACAAAAACAUAAGAAUACAAAAUGAAUCUGAAGCGCUUAAUAUUUAAGUUAAGUAAAAUCAAAGGAAUUUAUUUCAAAAAUAAAUCAUUAUAGCUAGUCAAACGGCAUUACUUGUGACAUUAAAUGUCAUGCUGAUACAUGACGAUGGAUACCUAGUGAAAGAAAUUAUUUCUUUAAGCUGUAAAAAUUAUUAAAAUACGGAUAGGGUUAGAACACUAAGAACGAAAUGGAAAUGCAACAUUUAGUUCAAUUACGUUGACCGUUCUUCGAAAGUGCGUUAGUUGAAAACUUAACUACUUUUAAAUACUUGUUUCAAAUAGUUUAUUGUUAUUUUAAUAUUAGAUGAAUAUUUUUUAUAAAUAAUGUUACAAUAAAUUACAUUUCAUUUUUUA